AUGUCGGACUUCGAAGAUGAAAUGGACAUUGAUGUCCAACCCUCAAAGGAUGUCAAAUUCUCGUCGGAGAACACCGCCAAGGGCAAACGUAGCGCUGCAAACCUGCCUGUCGAGGCGGAAGAUAGCUUGCCAUGGGUUGAGAAAUAUCGCCCAGUAUCGCUGUCCGAUGUAUCCGGUCACCAAGACAUCCUCGCGACCAUCAACAAAUUCGUCGACUCGAACCGACUUCCCCACCUUCUUCUCUACGGCCCACCAGGGACAGGAAAGACGUCCACCAUCCUCGCUCUCGCCCGUCGCAUCUAUGGCACCGAAAACAUGCGCCAGAUGGUUCUCGAGCUCAACGCCUCAGAUGACCGUGGCAUUGACGUUGUGCGAGAACAAAUCAAGACCUUCGCGUCGACGAAACAAAUCUUUACUAUGGGCGCAUCGGCCUCGCGAUCAGGCAUUGCUGGGUUCAAGCUCAUCAUCCUCGACGAGGCCGAUGCCAUGACAAACACGGCGCAAAUGGCACUCCGCCGUAUUAUGGAAAAAUACACGGCCAACACGCGCUUCUGCAUCAUUGCCAACUACUCCCACAAACUCAGUCCAGCCCUGCUUUCCCGGUGCACACGCUUCCGCUUCAGCCCGUUGAAGGAGCAAGAUAUCCGAGUGCUGGUGGACAAGGUUAUUGAAGAGGAGAACGUCAAGAUCAUGCCAGAGGCAACCGAGUCGUUAGUGCGCCUCAGCAAGGGCGAUAUGCGUCGGGCCUUGAACGUCUUGCAGGCGUGCCAUGCGUCAAGUACACCACUGCAACCCCGGGACGGCCCCAAGGUCUCCGAGAAAGACGUCGUUCGCGAAACCAUCACUACCCAAACCAUCUACAACUGCGUCGCCGCACCACAACCUGACGCUAUCAAGAAGAUUCUCAACAUAUUGCUGAGCACAAGUGACGUCACGUCAUGUCUAUCCACAAUCAAUACACUAAAAGUCUCACAAGGCCUCGCACUUGCCGACAUCAUUACCGCGCUAUCGGAGGAGCUGGUAAAACUGGAGGUAAAGCCACAAGCCAUGAUUACUUGGCUGGACGCUCUUGCAGAUGUGGAACACAGGGUGUCAAGUGGUGCGAACGAGGCGAUACAAACAUCUGCCGUUGUAGGCGCUAUACGGAAUGGGGCAGAAUUGAUGGGCUGA